AUGGCAAAGCCAAGCAACCUGGUGACGAGGAUCUCGGACAACUCGGAUUGCGCGGAAGAAGACGAUCUCUGGGCAGAGGACUCAGAUUACGGAAUUUCGGAUCGCCAACUUGAGGAGCUUGCGCUGGGUUGGCAGAAACACUCUCGAGAAAGAACGGACUUCGAUGCCGGAGGGGACGAGGGACCAGGAGGUGGUGCCUGGACAACCUUGCUUGCUCAUCUGUCGCGACUGCAAGACCUAACGCCUUGUUCAUCGGUGUGUUCGACUAUGCCUUGCACGAGCCCACAUGCCAACGCUGCACCGCGAACCUCGUCUAGGCACAAAGAGACAGUCGAAUCGAUGUCAUCCAUAUCUGGUGCGCGGCAUAUGUCGCAGCAAGCCGUUGAUGAGUACUUGGAGCUCGUGACGAAAGAGGAGGAGGUGCGGUUCCAUCAUGUCCCACGGCCCCCACUGCAAGUCGAGUAUUUUCAGCUGGACAAGGACAACGGUGAGGCUGUGGACAAGCUUCCUGUUUCCAGCUCGUGCCAGACGUGA